AUGGCAGCAACAUUAGCCUCGCUGCUGGGUCAGGCAUCCAUCACCGACCACGAUCAAGUGCUCAGCGCAUGCGAAACCGCCCUCUCCAAAUCGAAGAACGACACGCAAGCGCUCCAGGUCAAAAUUGUGGCUCUACUCAACUUGGACCGCUUCCCAGACGCCAUUGCUACUGUAGAGGCUGGAGGAGAAGAUAUCAAGCAAAGAGCGCGUCUGGAAUAUGCCUAUGCGCUGUACAAGAACGGACAGGCCGCAAAGGCCGCAGAAGUCGCCAGACAAGACGGCAAUGAGUCGGACAGGGGAUUGAGACAUGUUGAAGCGCAGGCCAGCUACAGACACCAGGACUUUGAGCGGGCCGCCGAGCUAUAUCGCAAGCUUGCAGCACAAAGAGGAGCAGUCGACAACGAAGACAUGGAUCUACGCAUCAACACGGGCGCCACAUAUGCACAACUCGAAUGGGCUGGUCGCGCUUCUGCGGAUGCACCGCAGAAGCCUGCAAGAGAAGACAUGGAGGCUUUUGAGACUGCGUACAACGCUGCUUGCCAGAGCAUUGCGCGCGACGAGCUGGGCCAGGCAGAGGUUCUGUUGAAGAGAGCAAAGGAGUUGUGCGAGUCCUCGGAGAUGGACCAGGAAGAGAAAGAUGCCGAGCUUGUGCCCAUUUCCAUCCAGCAGCUCUACGUCUUGAUUCGUCAGGGCAGGCUGGAGGAUGCGCAGGCUCUUGCUGCAACCAUUGACUCCAGAGAUGUUCACGCCUUCCACGACUCGUCAACGCAGUUCGUUGCUCAGACAAACACAGCAGCCAUUUCAACAGAAAGCACCAACCCCUACCUCACCCAUCGCUCGCUUUACAAGACUCCCUCAACUAUCCUUCCCGAUAAGCCUUUCAGCUACCAAAGCGCCGCCAUCCAACGAAACAACUACACCCUCGAUCUGCUCGCCCACAAAUACGACGGCAUCAUCAGAUCAACCACAAACCUCGCUCAAACACCAACCCUCGACUCCGCCACUGUCUCUCUCUCUGCCUUUGGCGCCGCUGCUCACGCCCACAACCAAGCCGGAAAGGAAGCCCUGAAGUCUGUCUUGCCAGUCUUGGAACGCAGACCCAAUGACAUCGGUCUCCUGCUCGUGUGCAUGCAACUCUAUAUCCACUCCUCCAACCCUGCCGCUGCAAUUUCCCUACUCGAGAACUUCUUCACUCGCUUGGACUCGUCAUCAGAAGCUUCGGCACAAGACGUCCGUUACGCGCCUGGUUUGAUCGGUGCCUUGGUUUCUCUGUACACUUCCCGUGGUCAACAAAGCCAUGCCCGCUCCGAACUCGCAAAAGCAGCAAGAUACUGGCGUCAGCACUCCAACCCUCCAAUUUCUUCACGAGCACUAGGACACAUGUACAAAUCCGCCGGUGCCGCACUACUCGAGAGCUCAUUACCCGCCGAUCAGCAACUCGCCGCUGAGCUAUUCAACCACUUGCAUGACAAGGACUCCUCAGACCGCUACGCCUCCGCUGGUCUGGUCGCCGCCCUCGCACGCGCAAACCCCUCUGCCAUUGACGACGGAAAGCUCUCAUCCUUGACCCCUCUCUCCCGCCUAAUUUCCUCUGUCGACGUCUCCGCCCUCGAGCACGCCGGCAUCCCCAAGUCCACCCCUGCUGCUCCCCUCACCACCAGCACAAAACGCGCUGCCCCCACCUCCACCCAAACUCCCAAAUCCAAAAAGCUGAAGAAGAGCAAAACGCCAAAGGACUUUGACCCCGCCAAGAAAAUGGAUCCGGAGAGAUGGUUGCCGAUUAAAGAUCGCAGUUCUUACCGCCCUAAAGGAAAGAAGGGGAAGGCUAGACAAGCUAUGUUUAUGCAGGGAGGUGCUGUUGCCGAGGACAGCGGUGCUGGGUCAGGGGCUUCGACGCCUGCUGCUCAGGUUGUAGAGGCCAAGAAUGCGGCUAAGAAGGGUAAGAAGAAGGGCAAGGGUGGGAAGUGGUAG